GUCCGGUUAAGCAUGAAUUGGGGAUAGUGGUGGUCUUUAGCCUGGCAUAGUGCCUCAAGCUGGCCAGCUCAACCCGAUCUUCAUCUCUGACCGCCAUCUACGUACGUGGUGCCCGGCUGUCUGUAGGUACCAACCUUACCCAAAACUCAUGCGAGUCAGUGGGUAUCAACUCUAUGCUCUGCAAGGCGCGGGGAGUCCUUGAGUUUGGGAGCGAAACAGUAUCCGUCUGGAAAGACCCUCUCUGUCUGGCAGCCUGCAGGUUGAUGGAUCUUUCCCUCGCUGCUCUCUCUCUCCCCAGCCUGCCUGUGGAAUAUGGCAUCCACCCGCCAGCCUUUCACAAUAAAGAUAUUAGAUGGAUACCCGACUGGAUGUCACCCCCCCAGAUUUGUGCAUUCUCCAUUCUUGUUUCCCCCCCUGAACCAGUGCUUCCCUUCCCCCAAUAGAUAACAAUCACUUGGUUGACGCGUGGGUUCCUGUGGUUCGUGUCUGCAUUCAG